UCUACUAAUAGUAACUCACCUACCUCCUCCGCCAACCUGAACUCGCUAUCUUUUUAUCUUCUCUCGUCUUUUUUCUUCUCUUGACUUUCUAUCGUCUUCGCUCCCGGAUUGUUCAACCCUCCACAACCACACAUCAUGUCUCACUCUCACUCCCACGACACUGGCGUCAGCCACUCCCACGACGAUGUCACCGGCGGCCACGGCCACUCGCACGAGAUCCUCGACGGCCCGGGAUCCUACAUCAACCGGGAGAUGCCAUUGUCGGAGUCCCGGGACUGGAAAGACCGUGCCUUCACCAUUGGAAUUGGCGGACCCGUCGGAUCCGGCAAGACCGCCCUGAUGCUGGCGCUCUGCCAUGCCCUGCGAGACGAAUACAACAUUGCGGCUGUGACCAACGACAUCUUCACAAGUCCCCCACAAACCCCCCACCCCGCCCAAAUCUCUAUUCACACAACCCGGCCACAAAACAGAGAAGACGCCGAAUUCCUCACCCGCCACAAGGCCCUGGCGCCCAACCGCAUCCGCGCCAUAGAGACGGGCGGCUGCCCGCACGCCGCCGUCCGCGAGGACAUCAGCGCCAACCUGCUGGCCCUGCAGUCGCUGCACAAGCAAUUCCAGACCGAUCUGCUGCUGAUCGAGUCCGGCGGCGACAACCUGGCGGCCAACUACUCGCGCGAGCUGGCCGAUUUCAUCAUCUACGUGAUCGACGUCGCUGGCGGCGACAAGGUGCCCCGCAAGGGCGGGCCGGGCAUCACCGGCAGUGACUUGUUGGUGGUCAACAAGUGCGAUCUGGCGGCCAUCGUGGGCGCCGAUCUGGGGGUCAUGGAGCGGGAUGCUGCCCGCAUGCGGGAGGGCGGGCCCACAGUCUUCGCCGAGGUGAAGAAUGGGAAGGGGAUGCAGCAUAUUGUGGGCUUGAUUUUGAGUGCGUGGAAGGGGUGUGGGGCUUAUGAGGAGUGUGUGAGGAGGUGGAAGGCGGGCGGGCAGAGGGGGUCGGGGAGUGUUGAUGCUUGA